AUUCAUUAUUAUUAUUAAAAAAUAAAUUAAAUUUUUUAAAAAGUUAAUGUUUUCGUCGUUUUCGAAAAAAUCAGUAAAAACAUAUUUAGGUAUAAUAGAAUUCCAAUACUCAGGGAGUAACUGAUGCGACUGUAGCGCAAUCUGCAUGCGACUUUUUUCGGUUCGGACUUUUUAGUUUUCCAGUUUUCACUGUUCUUAAGUGUUAAAAUGUUUUCGCUUUUUCAGUUAAGUUAAACUGCAUUAAUGGAGUUUGGUCUCCUACUAUUCUUAUUCUAGUCUUCGUGACUUUAAAUUUAAUGAAUUACACCGUUUAUUACAACCAUUAUUCGUCAUUUUCGUUUCAGUUAAAAAUUACAAAAACAAAGAUCACACCGUAAGAAUAACCACGUAAUAGUGUAAGUACUCGUCUACUUACAAAGUGUUUCUUCUCUCUUAUUAGUUAAUUUCCCGUGUUUGACGGUCGCAGUGGUAUUACACUCAAAAGUUGUUUCGGCGUCGUACUUAGGUAACGAGCAAUUAUUAUUAUUACCUAUGAACACCAUUUCUCAGACAUGGCCAUGAAGAGGACCAUUGAUUUUCAUCUGAACGAUCAACGGAAAAAAGCCAAUCUAUAUAGAGCGAUCAAAAACGAUUUGGGUAAUGACUCUAGUACCGAUGAGGAGUCAAUGAGCUUAUCGCCUGCUGACUUAUUUCCUCUCAGUCAUUAUGCCAAUGACCCUGAACAAUUAAUUCAUCAAUUGUUUUCUGUUGUACGUGGUAAACGUCUCGCUCGACUUAUUCCACCAGAACUUAAGGAUAUGACAUUUGAAGAACUAAAAGCAGAUUGUUUAAUUCAGUUAUUGUGCAUGUCAAAGAAGCGAGUGUUGGCUACAUUGGAAGGCAAAGAAAUGAAUUCUUCAUCAGACUCUGAUGACUCUGUUGAUGGUAAUAAGAAACCAAAUAAAUUAGAAACAGAAAAAAAAGAUGAAAUUGGCCAAAAAAGACAUCAUAAAGAAAAACGAACAAAAUUAUCAAAAAAGAAAAAAAAUGAAACAGAUAGUGAGACUGAACUAGAGAAAUCAAAAGAAAAAGAAGGAAAAACAUUGUUAGAGAUUUUAGAAUUAGAAAUGAAAGCAAAGGCUAUACGUGCCUUACUUGGUCCUAAUCAAAAUGAUAACAAUACACAAAUUGAAGAAGCUAUUAAAAAUGAAAUAAUUGGAGAAAAAAUCGAAGAAAAAAACAAUGACAACAAGAGUUGGAAUGAACGUUAUGAACAAAGAGAAGAUGUUAAAGAUGUAGUUAAAACUAGCAAGUUGUGUACAAAUAUGAGACGUCGUAUGCUUCUACAUCAACAAAAAAUGUUGGCAGAUAGGGCAAAAUUGAAAGCUGCCGAAACUGAAAAGAUUAAAUCUGAAGAAACAAUAAAAUCAAAAUUGGAAGAAAAAUUACAAAAUGUUUAUUUCAAAAAUGAUGGAGAACAAUCAAAUGUUAAUACACAAGAAAAAAAUUCUGAUAUAACCGAUAAAGAGUCAUUAGAAGAUUAUAAAACUAUUAAAAAUACUGAUGUUAAAUUGAAAGAGACAAAUAAUUUACAAGAGGUUGAUACAACUAAAAUAAACAGAGACAAUCCUAAUAGUUCAAAUGCACAUACAAACACAAAUAACACCCAAGAAUCAACUGAUGAUGACUCACAAAAAAGUACAGAUUUUGAAAAAGUAUUAAGUGAAUAUACACAGAAAAAUUCAGAUUUAGAGUUAACUAUCAAUGAGUAUUCUAAAAAAAACAAUGAUUUGGAAGAUGAAAUAAAUAAAUGUUCUAAGAGAAAUGAUGACAUGGAAAAUGCUAUGAAUAAAUGUGCACAGAAAAAUUCUGAUAUUGAAUUGGCUAUUGAUAAUUACUCAGUGGAUUACAAUGGCGUUGAUAAUGGUAUUGUUAAACAAAAUGAAACAAAUAAUGAAGAGGAAACUGAUAUUGAUAAAGAUAAUGAAAAAAGUACUGACUUUGAUUCAAUGAUCAACCAAAAUGCAAAAAAGAAUGUAGAUCUUAAUGCGAUAGUUAAAGAAUAUGCAAAAAGGAAUUCUGAUAUAAUGACAUUGAUUGGUGAAUAUUCUCAAAAUAAUAUUGAUAUUCAAUCAGUUAUUGGUGAAUAUGCUAAAGGAAAUCUCAAAUUAGAAACAAUAAUUGAUGAAUAUUCACAUAGAAAUGCUAAAAUCAAAACUAUGGUUAAUGAAUAUUCAGUAAACAAUAGUAAUGUAGAAAAAAUCAUUGAUCGAAACAACCGAAAACAAUCAUUAAUUGAUAAUUAUUAUAUGGAAUCAGCUAUUGGAAAAGCUGUGGAUGCAGAUGAUACAAAACAAAUAAAUAAAAUUGCCGAUGUUAUUUGUGAAUCCACUAGCUCAGAUAAUGUUGAAACUAAUAUUGAAUCAAAUCACAAAUUAGUGGUCGAAGCGGCCAAUGAAGAAGUUGAAAAAGACUAAAAAAGAUUAGGUUUUCUGUUUUGAAAAGUUGAAAUUAUUUUAAAACAAAAUAAGUAUUCAUUUAACAUAAACUAUAAAUUGAUUUAAGUGUAAAAAUAAUAUUUAUUUGAUUUAAUAAUAUAAAAAGAAAAGUUACAAUUGGUAUCUCAGAUGAAUGCUUAUACAUUUUAGAAAAAUUGAUCAUUCUCUAGUAUACCUUAAAACAUGAAAAUAAUAAAAUUAUUUGUCCAUUCAAUAUGUUUAAAUAUAAAAAAUAAAAAAAAAAAACAAAAACAAACAAACAAAAAAAAAAAUUAAUAACAGUAGUUUUAUAUUCUGUUUCAAUAUGUAAUCAAAUAUUUAAAUAAUAUUAAGUUAAGAGUUCUUAAUAUAAUAUUAUUAUGUAGGUAUUGUAAUGUUUUAUAUUCAAAUUCUUAAUACCUUUAUCAAGAAUACAGUUUGCUGACUUUUUUUAUAUUUAUUGCUGAAUUAGUAUUUUAUAGUAUUAUUAAUCAAAUAAUUGGAAUUAAUCCAGCUCAUAUUAAAAUAUUAAAUAUAUAGCAAUAAAUACAAUAAUUAAUAGGUACCUAGACUUUUAUAAUUAAUUAAUAAUAAUCAUUAAUCUAAACUAUAAAGCACAAUUUGUUGCUUAAAUUACUGUGAUGUUUAAAAUUGUAUUAAUAUUGAUAAAAUAUUUAUUAUUCACUUAAAUAUAAUAAUUUAGUAUUUGAACCUACCUUAAGUAUACUCUCAAAACACCUUUUGAUAUUAAUUUGACUAACUAAUAUUUUAGUAUGUCCAUUAAUCUAUUUUUUUAUAUUAAUUAUUGAAUAUUUAUAAUUCUUAAUUCUAUAAUUAUAAAAAUAAUUACUAUUCACUGUAAAUAACAAUAUUGUGUUUUAAAAAUAUUUACUAGUUUUUUUUUCAAACCAAUAAUCACAACUAGAAUAUAAUAUCAUAUAUAAUCAAUACAUGCUCAUUAAAUAAAUAAAUAUCCAUAAUCCGUACAUAUAAGCAUUUAGAAUUUUUAGUUGUUUAACUUUUAAGUUUUUUUUUAUUAAGCUUGUCGCUCAUCUCAAAUUCCAGUAUUAUAAAUCCAUGAAGUAAUAGUGAUUUUAGUUUUUGAUUUGCUUUUUUUUUUUUAAUAAAAGCAAAUCAUCUAA